AUGACAAACGCGGAUGGCUCCGGGAACCAGGCCCCUGUCAAGUUGCGGGCUUCGUGCAACGCCUGCAACGAGUCCAAGGUGCGCUGCAGCCAGACGAAGCCGACCUGCGACCAGUGCAAGAGGAAGGGCAUGCCGUGCGUCUUUGGCCUGUCGCGCCGGAGCCACAAGGACGCGCCGCGGAUCGUGUCCUCCUCCCGCUUCGCGCCCCCGUCCCCGUCCGGCACCGGCGCGAUGGCAGCGAAACGCCCGAGAAUUGAAGCAGCCGCGCAUGUGGAUGACAGCGUCUACUCCACCGUGGCCGCCUUGUGCGCGUUCCAUGACUUCAACGUGUUCUCGCAGAACCCCGCCACCGCCACCGCCGCGGCGCCAAACAGCGGCCGAAUCCCUCGGUCGGCCGAUCUGUUGGCGGGUUUCCGAGACUGUCACGGCGACUCGGACGAGGCCGCGCUGUGGCCGUUUAAUCAGUUAGACCCCAUGGACUUUCUCUCGACAAGCGACGGCGGCGGCCUUGAGCCCCCGCUCAACCCGGCCUCUCUCGACGCCGGGACCUGGGGCGGUGCGCAUGAUGCAGUCAGCCCCCAUCCUCUGUCGCCGCAGCCGCUGGUGCCCCGACUACAUUUGCCGUCGCAGUCACGCCCGAACCAGCAACCGCAACAGCAGCAGCAGUACGAACAGACACAACCGCAGCCUCACGACCAACAUGGCCGCAACCACGCACAAGACUCUGGCUCGAGUCCGGAGGGUGGCGCAUGCACCUGCAGCUCGCGCGUCAUCCCAGACCUCGCCCGUAAGCCGCAGGCGGCACGUAGUCAAGGCGCAGGCAGGCCUUUGUCGUUCGACGUGGAGCUCUCGCAGCUUAAGCAGGCCAUCCUGGCGUGCGAGGCGUCCAUGGCCUGCCAGUUACAUUCCUCCAGCCACACCGUCACCAUGAUCAUCGGGUUCCUCAUCGGGGACAUUGUGGACAGCUUCAAGACGCUGCUCAGCGGAUCGUCGCCGUCGUCUUCCUCGUCGUACUCGGCCACCACGACCGACAGCGGAAGCAAUCCAGGGCGGCCGACCACCAGCAACAACAACUACAAUAACAAUAACAAUAACAAGAACAACAACAACAACAACAACAACAAAAGCAGCAGCAGCAGCAGCGGCAACAACAGCAAAAACAAUAACGCGGGCUCACCGACGUCGUCGACGUGGGGGGCCACGCUGAGCGAAGGGGUCACGAUGGUCAGCCCAGGGACAGGGGUCCGUCGCGAAUCCAGCAUGGCGGGCGAGCCGCGGCUCAGCUGGGGCGUGCUCCAGCUCGAGGACGACGACGAGGCGGAGCUGCGGAGCCGCCUGUGUCUGCUGUACUUCCGCCGGGUUCGCGGCCUGCUCAAGCACUUCGACCAGGCCGUCCGCCAGUUUCGGGAAGCGCAGGUCGCGGCCGGGUCCUGUACGGCGACCUUCAUCAUGGCUUGCGAUUACGUGCGCAUGUGGCUGGAGCAGAAGGUGGAGGCAGUGAAGAAGCUCUUCAACAAUACGGAUAGAGAGGCGUCAAUCUGA